AUGGCACUAUCAGUGUCAAAUUUUGGGAGACUCAGUCCGGAGAUACAGCUCGCUCAGGCGAUCUCCGAAUUUGAGACCGUUUUGCUGGGCGACGAGAAAGCUUCUCUUCGUCAGCUCAAAGCCCGACAUCCACCGAGCGCGAUUGAUGUGGUUCGGUUGACAGCUGAGAUUGAUCGUACGGUGCAGGCUGGUCGAAGGUGUGUGGGCACGCGAUUUACCAGUGUGCUUCAGGCUAUUCAGUCAUUUGCUGCCAUCGGGGAUGUCGUUGUCGGUGGCACCCAGAACAUGAUGGCAAGUGGGCUAUGGGCGUUGAUGCGAUUUACACUCCAGCUAGCAACAAACUAUGCGUCGUUCCUAGAAAAGUUCUCGGAGCUUUUCUUAGAUAUUGGUCGAUCCGCUCCGCGGUAUCAGAACCUUGGCCUGAUAUAUCCCCAAUCUUCCGGGUUGCAAAAGAUUAUAUGCGAAUAUUUCACUGUCCUUGUACAGUUGUGCACAAAAUCGGUCCAAUUAAUGCGUCGAAAUGGGCUAAACCGUCUAUUAGCCACGACUAUGAGGUCAUUCGACUCUGAGUUUGGCAGUCACGUAAAAAAGCUCGAUACUUUAGGGAUGGAAAUAAAGGAGUCUGUCAUGGUACUAUCUGCAAAGACGCAGCAAGAUGAAGCCCGCGAGAAUUCUCUAUUUCGCUCUCUUCUUUUGAGCAAGCUUGACAAAAACGAGGAGGCAAGGCGCAAGUUAGCAGUCAAAUUAUCCAUACUUGACAAGUGCUCGACAUAUGAUUUUGAGUCUAGCUGGAGGCAAAUGAGGAAGAAAGGAAAUUCUUCAUGGGUAUUUGAUACCCCCGAAUAUAUAAGUUGGAGAGACACACAUUACGCUGGAGGUAACAGCACAUUGCUUUGUCUCGGCAAAUUGGGCUCGGGUAAGACAGUUCUUGCGGCAAAUGUAGUCCAGGACUUGAUUACGUGUUUUCCACAAGUGAAGGUGUUUGCGUAUUUCUUCUGCAGAUAUGAUAUUGCAGAGUCGUUGAACGCAAGGACAAUUCUAGGGUCCCUCGCUCGCCAGUUAUUAGAAUCCACCGACAUGGCUGAUUCAGGUGACUUCAUGGCACAGUUGACACAAAAGCACCCACAUGCACUUAGCCUUGAUAGCAUUUUUUCGCUAUUAAACUAUAUCAUAUGGGAAAAGGCACGAGUCAAACAUGUGUUCCUUCUCAUUGAUGGUCUCGAUAACUGCGAGGAUACCGAAAAGAAACUUGCCAUCCAACACCUUAAAACUUUAGCUAAAAGUGGAAUAGUUCACCUGUUUCUUACGACGAGGUCAGGGCUCGAGUCGACUGCAGUUCUAGUUGAAAAAAGCUUUCCGCAGCAAACCAAGGUACAUAUGUUGGACCAGGCCAAUGAGAUUAACGCUUAUAUCGAUGGCGAGCUUGAUCGACGCCUGGAAUCGGGUGCCCUUUGUCUGACCAACCCUGAAAUAAUAGUUGAAAUACAGACCACACUGAAGGCUAACGCCCAUGGAAUGUUUCUCUGGGUUGUCCUUCAACUUGACAGCAUAUGUGACGAGGAAACCGAUGAGGCAAUUCUAACUGCUUUGAGAGAUUUACCACCAGACCUACCGGCAGUUUAUGAGCGCAUUCUAGAAAAGAACAAGCGAUCAAAUUACAAAAAGAUAAUAUUACAACUUGUUUCGUCAGCAUACCGGCCGCUAACUAUGUGGGCACUCCAAGAGGCCUUGAGCGUGACGCCAGGAGAAACAACAAUGGACCGAACCAAGUUUGUCAGCAACGUCCAAAAGACAAUAUCUUGCUGUGGAAGUCUUCUUGAAUUGGACGAAGAAGCUCUGACCGUCCAUUUCGUUCACCCAUCAGCGAAACAGCAUUUGCUUCUAUCGGAUACAGAGGACGUGCCUGCCUCCUCAUCUCGCUUCACCCAAAAAGAGGCAACUACUAUAAUGGGCAAUAUUUGCGUCACGUACCUUAAUUGGAGUGCGUUUGAGAAUCAACUUGUUCCGCAGAACUUGCCAAGGCUGACAGAUGGGUCUACGACGUUGAAUGCCGUUGUCAACUCGCCCCUUCAAUCCAAAGGCUUUGCCCGGAAAAGUUGCCCAAAUGUAUCUGCAAAGAACGCGGCGGUCAUCAUCAUCAUCAGAAUCUUCACCAUUUGA